AUGGACCUCUCAGAGUACACAAGAUCCGUCUUGUCCUCGUUUAGCGAACUGCAGAGUGUCAUCAAGCAGCAACACACCGUCCAACUUGAUGGCCACACCCUGCGCCUCGGCGAUGCCGUCGCAAUUUCAAAGUACGGCGCCCACCUCUCGGUAACCGAUGAUAGCGAGAUAUUAGCCCGGAUGCAGGAAAGCGUCGCCCUGCUGGACAAUAGGCUGUCCGAAGGCAAGGUCGUAUAUGGCGUGAACUCGGGCUUCGGAGGCAACGCAGAUACUCGCACAGAUGCACAUGAGGACCUCCAGAAAGCGUUGGUCCAGCAUCAUAACACUGCUGUUGUUCUGCCGUCGGACAAGGGCUAUCCUUGCUCGCCUGUUCUCCGCCAUCUUCCCAAGCACUCGAUCCCCAUCCCUGUUGUCAAGGCUGCAAUGGUGGCUCGAUGCAACUCGCUCAUCCGUGGUCAUUCUGCCGUGCGCAUUGACAUUGUGCAGAACCUAGCGAAGAUGAUUACGGAGGAUUACACGCCUGUUGUCCCGUUGCGUGGAAGUAUCUCGGCGUCGGGGGACUUGACUCCGCUCGCGUAUAUCGCUGGUGCGCUUGAGGGCAACUCUGAUAUUUACAUCCACUGCGGGAAAGAAGGUACAAUUAUACCAUCAGACGAAGCACUCAGGCAGCUCGGACUGGAACCUUUGACAUUCCGUCCUAAGGAAGCUCUGGGCUUGCUUAACGGUACGGCGUUCAGUACCGGUGCAGCCAGUCUUGUGCUCUUCGAAGCCAACCAGCUUGUCCUUCUUACGCAGGUCCUCACGGCAAUGUCAACUGAGGCUCUACUCGGUACACAGAAGAACUACGAUCCCUUCAUUUCGGACGUGCGUCCUCAUCCUGGUCAAAAAGAAGUAGCUGGCAACAUCCACCGCUUCUUGUCCGACUCCCGACUCACCGUGGGCCACGAACACUCUGGUUCAUCACACGAGCUAGCACAAGAUCGCUACCCCCUCCGCACCGCAUCCCAAUGGAUCGGACCCCACGUCGAAAACAUGGCCCUUGCCCUAUCGCAGGUCUCCGUUGAACUUAACUCAACUACCGACAAUCCGCUUUUCGAUGCGGCCAACCAAACCAUCCAUCACGGAGGCAACUUCCAAGCAGCCUCAAUAACAAGCGCCAUGGAAAAGACCACCAACGCCAUGCAAUCGCUCGGUAAACUCAUCUUCACGCAGUGCUCUGAACUCCUCAACCCGAUGCUUAGCAAGGGUCUUACCCCUAAUCUGUGCGCCGAUGACCCAAGCCUGUCCUUUGCGCUGAAGGGAGUCGAUAUCAACAUGGCCUCGUACAUGUCCGAACUUGGUUAUCUCAAUAACCCGGUUAGCAACUUCGUGCAGACUGCUGAUGUGAAUAAUCAGCCAGUCAACUCCCUCGCACUAAUCGCGGCGCGGUAUGCAGGUGAUGCGGUCGAGGUCUUCUCCCUUAUGGUGGCGAGUCAUAUUUAUGUUCUCUGCCAGGCGGUUGACCUCCGCGAGAUGCACAAACUUUUUGAAGAAACGGCACGAAAGGAUGUGGCCGAUGCCACAGCCGAGAUCUUCGGGUCUGCUGUCACCGACCAAGAUGCUGAUUCCCUGUGGACGGAAAUCAUGGGGCAUUGGAACCAGAACUCGACGUUCGAUCUUGCUGAUCGCGCUGAGACAUCUGUAUCCCUCACUAUUGGCGCAUUGUUUGCCACCCUUAACAAGAACGCCGGUACAAUAGACGACGCAAGCUUGGUUACCAAAUGGCAAGCCCGUGUCACUGACAUCCUGAUGCAAGCAUAUAACGCGAACCGCGAGUCAUACCUAUCUAAUCCAACGGGAAGCUUACUAUGCACGUCCUCAGCGAAAGUCUACAAGUAUGUCCGCGGUACGUUGAAAGUGCCUAUGCACAAGGGACUGGUGGACCAUCCUACUUAUGUCUCUCCUUCUGAGGAUGCUUCGAGUUCGGACAAGAAGACAAUUGGGUCGCAUAUCUCCACUAUCUACGCUGCCCUCCGAGAAGGCCAGUUCAUGAGCGUCCUCGCGGACUGCUGGUUGGAGGAGCCUUCUGACAUCUUGGAUAAUUGA